AUGGGGGACACUCUUGAAAAACCAGACUUCCGACCCAUCCUUAACCCAACCAAGCAACGCCCGCUUGGGACUCCUCCGCACAAGGAGACCAUCAUCAAAGAUGCUUUCAGACUUCGCACUCUGAUGGCUAUGGGCGCGCUCGCUCAGAUCGUCCUCUUCGCCAUCCUGCCUUACCGUUAUGCCGUCGUCCCCGCCUUGAUCCUCACUCUUCACUCGAUUGGUUCGACCAUCGGCCAAAUGUUCUUGUGCAAGACCAAUGAAAAUCCAUACAUGACCGGUGUCACUCAAGGUUUCACCAGCAGCCAGCCUCCCUCAUGGCAAACCGGUCGCUACCCCAAUGCGCCGUGCUCCAGCUCCAUCGUCGUCUUCCACCUCGGCGUCUCCUACAACCACCCGCUGGGCCCCGCCUGCCCCGGCGCCUACGAACUCUACACCCACUUCAUGAACAUGAUCAAGGCCAUAGACGAGAAAAAGGAGGAGUACGGCCUCCUGGGCAUGUCCAGUUGGAAGCAGACCAAGCGCGCCACCCACAAUGCCGCCAUGACGGUGUUUUACUUUCGCGACAUCGAGGGAUUGCACAAGUUUGCGCACGACAAGGAGCACCGCGACGGUUGGGACUUUUUGCACGCGUUCCGCAAGAAGGGAUACAACCACAUUACGGCGCUGCACGAGACCUUUGAGGUGCCUGCUGGCGCCUGGGAGUCGAUCUACCUGGAUUCGCCACCUAUCCUUAUGGGAGAUACGACUAUCAGGGUGACGGAGAAGGAUGGGAGCGCAACUUGGUAUCAUAGUCUUGUCGAUGCGUCGGUAAGGCCAUUGACGGGAAUGAUGAACAGGAUGGCGAGGGGUAAGGCGACUGCGAGGGAGGGAUACGCUUAG